UGGCCCCACCUCCGGCUGAAGCACAUAGCGAAAGCGGGGGCAAGGGAUUUAAAACUUUUUAGCGAACUAUUACCGUGACUAUUACCCCAUCAUUUAGGGAAUACUGUCGCGCUGUUUGUCAUCACAUGUUUAGAGGAAGAGGGACGGCGUGUUCAUCAACUUUGAGAGAAAAGCGAAGACACGUCCCAUCUAGAGUUUCGGUUCAUGGGCUCGAGCGGCUCCAACAACUACAGCAAAGUUCACGUUGACAAUUCUGGAGAAUUUCGGGCUGACUGAAGGUGGAGGGGAGAGAGCGCGUAGCUGCAGACACCUUUAGGAGAAGGCUUUAUCCCCGACGCACUUUCUGGUAUCCUGCGUAUCCUGCGGGUGGAAAACUUCCUGCCUGUUUGUCCAGGUGGUCUCAGCGAUGCCACAUCGACAAGCCCAUCCUCUGUUCUUUCUAGCGCUCUGCAGCGUGGCCUCUGCAGGUCCUCUGUCGCGGAGCCCAUGUGAGCUGCUCCCGGUGGGCUCGGGGCACCCGGUGCAGGCCCAGCUGAAGAGCUUCACAGCGCUGUCUGGCUGUGCCAGCCGGGGCACCACCGCCCUGCCCCAGGAGGUCCAUGUCAUCAACCUGAGGAGUAGUGGAGGCUCCGACACACCUGGGGAGAAGCCCGCCGAGGUGUCCCUCCACCUGAAGCCCAUCCAGUCUGUCCGGGUCCACCAGAAGGCCCUGGUGUUUGUGCUGAACUCCCCCCAGCCCGUCACCUGGAGGCUGAAGACUGAAAACCUGGCCCCUGGAGUCAAACGCACCUUUCAUGUAUCGGAGGGCUCCGAUGUGCAGUUUGAGGUGGGCAACUUCUCUCUCUUCUGCGAGGUGAAAAAGGAGAACCUUCCCCACGGCAACGACCACCUCUUGGCCUGGGCGCAGAGGAGGUACAGGGCCAUCACCUCCUUCUCCGAGCUGAAGAUCGCACAUGACGUCUACAUCAAAGUGGGCGAAGAUCCUGUCUUCUCGGACACGUGUAAGAUUGACAACAAGUUCCUCUCCUUGAACUACCUGGCCAGCUACGUGGAACCCCAGCCCUCCAAAGGCUGUGUGUUAACAGGUCCAGACCAUGAAUAUGAAGUCCACAUCAUUGAGCUGCAGGCCCCCAAUUCCAGCAGUGCGUUCCAGGUGGACGUUAUAGUGGAUCUUCGGCCCAUGGAGGCGGACAUUCCCUCGCUGCAUCGAGACGUGGUGCUGCUCCUCAAAUGUGAGAAGCCUGUCAACUGGGUGAUCAAGGCUCACCGCGUCUACGGAAGGCUGGAGGUGGUGACAUCAGACACCAUUAAUGUGGGCUCCAGCACAGAGGUGCAGAUGCAGGUCACCAAGUCCCCCAAGGUGCCCCUGCCCUCAGGCUCCCAGGCAUUGAUCCAGUGGGCCGAGGAGCACGAAUACGAGCCUGUCACCUCCUACACAAACACCCCAGUGGCCAACCACUUCAGCUUGCGCCUGAGAGAGCAAGAUUUGGUCGAUCCUCUGGAGACACUGUUCCCUCCGGAGUUGUCCAUCCUGCGUAACCCUGAUUCCGGUCCUGGUUUCUCAGCUGGCAGCGAAUCUUCCCCACCACGGGUCAGCUUGCCCUUCCCUUUUGCCCCCCGGCCUCCCCCGGGACAGAGCCUACCCUACCUGCCCCACCUGCCCCGACCGCCCUCUCUGAACGAGCAGCCCUGGGUAGGGGGAGAGGCCGAGGAACAGCACACAGCCCCGAACGUGGCCUUGAGUGUCCAGUGCGAAGAGAACAAGAUGGUGGUCAGCAUCGAUAAAGAGAGUCUGCAGUCCGGCGGCUAUGGGAAAGUCAACAUCACUCUGCUGGACCCGACGUGCCGAGCGACCUCCAACUCCACCCACUACACGCUGGAGACCCCGCUGACUGGCUGCCAAACCUCCAAAUACCCCUUCUACCUCAGUCCCGUGGUCAUCUACAUCAACUCAGUGCUGAUCAGCCCGUCGGAGUCGAGAGACGGGAGUGGCUGGCCGCCGGACUUUGAGGACCUAGAGUCGGGGGACGUGUUCCCAGGGGAUCAAGAGGGGCUGGAGAGAGCUUUGCAAACACCACGGAAUCACCGCAUACCCAUCCUGUUCAACUGUACGUACCGCAAGAACCAGAGUCCAGACCACGGCCCCCCUAGCCUCUUCCCCGGCCCCAGCUUCCCUGGAGGGACAAAAGACAUAGUGGACAACGUCACCUUCAGCAUGCAGCUGCACAGCACCAACCUCUUCCUCUUGGACCCCGACCAGGCCUUCUUCACCGUCUCGGAGAACAAACCCAUCUACGUGGAGGUGUCUGCUACCAAAACAGAUCCUGAUUUGAGCUUCGUGAUCCAAACCUGCUUCCUCUCCCCAAACUCCAACACCAACAUGCCGUCGGACUACACGCUGAUCGAGAACGUCUGCCCCACCGACGACACGGUCGUGUACUACCCGUCCCGAGUGGACCUGCCCAUGCCCCACGCCCAGACUGAGCGCAAGCGCUUCAGCUUCACCUUCAGGCCAAAGUUCAACACCUCGCUGAUCUUCCUGCACUGCGAGAUGUCCCUGUGCUCCAAUGGCCCCAACAGCAAUGGACUCCCUGAGUGCAUGCUGCCAACCGAGGCUUGCAAAGAGAUAUCCAUCUCCACCAUCCUGAACCUGAUGAUGAACACCAAGACCUCCACCAAGCCCCUGGUGGUCAUCUCUGACGGAGUCAUCCCAACCAUAGAGCUUCCAGUUAUGCCCACUGAAGAUGACCAGACAAUAGAACCCCCAAGUGGACCCGAAAGUUAUGUGCUGGACACCACGACAGUAGUGGGCAUUGCCUUCGCUGCCUUCGUGAUCGGAGCUCUGCUGACAGGAGCCCUCUGGUUCAUCUACUCACACACAGGUGGUCCAGCCAGUCGGCAGCAACCGCCCAAAUCUCAGCCGGCCUCGGAAAACAGCAGCGCUGCCCACAGCAUCGGCAGCACGCAAAGCACACCCUGCUCCAGCAGCAGCAAUGCGUAGCCCAGGGGGAGAACCCAAGAGAACCCAAGAGAACCCAUCCGAAUGCUGGAGAACCAUCAUGUGAACGCCUGCACAGAACGAGCACAGCACAUCACUCAAUGUCUGCAGGUGCCAGGGGAAAAGCAGACCUUUAUCUGACCACAAUUCUGUAAAUAUAAGUAAAAUCUAUUGUAGAAAUGAAUAUAUACAUAUACAGAUGUAAAGUAAAUUUAAGUAAGAUAUAUUUAUUAGAAAUAACAUUGAGAUAUAUUGAUGAGUCCCGCGUGGGAACCUAUUCUGCAUUGUGAGAGCAAAGCAGGGUGUCUAAAAAAGUUAACUAAAGACAAGCAGAAGUAUUUUUAGGGGCAUGUAGCAAACUUAACACACAAACACAAACUCCACCCUGCUGAACCCGGUCCAUCAUAUUUCUGAGAAGUCCUUGAGAAUGUGUGACAGUACUACUGCAGUUGCAAGGGCUAUUUUGGGCUUGUUAGCACACACAUGACCCGAAGUGGCACCAAGGUCUCAAAAGUCCAGUGCUGAACUUUAAAUGCUAAAACUAGAAGCCAAAAACAGAAGAGGGUGAUAAAUACCGCUGUGUAUUUUGAUUGUGAAGUGCUGCUUUGUGAAGUGCUAAGCCACAAAGGGGGACAUUGGUCCUCUUUUUUAAAAUGUAUUUUUCUACCAUAUAUGGUGUAGUUUAGACUACAUACAGAUGUCUGUUUACACCACUCAUUCUUGAGACAGCGCUACAAGUCAAACCACAAAAUCUCCACCAAUCUCCUCAUCAUCUCUUUAGAUCAGCCCCACGCUACCUUUUUUAACCACUGAUAUAAAGUAUAACUAUAUAUAAACAUUGUUUUAUGAUUCCUGAUAGCAAUAUACAGUAUAUCUUAUUUCUGCCAAGAAAUCUAAAUUAUGUGAAAAAUAUAUGAAGCAUAAUAUGCAUGCUUCAUAAUUAAGUUGGUUAGCAAGAAGUUCUGGUUUUGAUUAUGGACGGGUAUUAUCUCGUUGUACAUUUGCUACAAUGACAAUUAAGCUCAUUCAUUCAUUCAUUAUUUCUAAUGUCCACUAAGGCUCAAGACUGACUGGCGUAGGCUGGCAUCAGAAGAGGCAUUCUAUUCCUAUCAGACAUAAUCGCCUGUGUUGUAAAGCGAUGUAUAUUUUUGUGAAUAUUGUACAUAGGAGAGAGUUACUCACUAACAAAGCUACAAGAUGUGAGUAUAUAGUGUUGUGAAAGGGUGAACGGCUAGUAUUCCCCAAAGAUGUCAUGCUUCAUGUGCGAGAGGACUGACAGUGAUUGAAAGCUACAGUAGCUUUGAGCCAAAGUGGAAAGAGUACAGGAAGCUAAACCAGUUACAUACAUGUAGUACAGUAUUCGGAGUAACUAUCUCCAAAAUUGAAUGUGACCAAAAUAUCCUUGAGAAACAUUAAUUCAUAAUAGUAGAAUCCAUUUGCAAAAAGCUCAACAAAAUAAUCUAAAGAGAAUAAACAAAAACAGCUUUGUUCACAAAUCACCCAAGCCACCUUGAGCUGAAAUCAAUCAAAAGUGGACACGCAAAGUAGGCUGUUGUCCAGUUUUUUUUUUCCAGGAGGCCACACAGUCCCACAUCAUAUCAGGUAAAUAGCGACACCUGUCGUGAUGCACGCAUAGCCUUAUUCCAUGAUGUUUAUCAUAUCAGCACCGCAUUGGCCCUGUGCUGUGAAUUACAUUUUAAAUAUACGUAACUGAUCCAUGGUCUGUAAAGUCUCCAGACAAGGACAGACAUCCUCAAGUGUAUCAUGGGGCCACUAGGGCCUGUGAGCUCCAGAUUGUCUCUGGACAGAACUCCUAGCACUGACAAAUCUAAGGGCAUUCAGUUUCAAUGUAGAAACUCAUAUCUCUCAUCCAAGUCUGUGAGCAUGAAAUAUAAGACAGUUAAUGGGCACUUAGAAUGGACGGGGCAAGCAAGUUUUAAUGGACGUUCUGUUAUUUCUCAUUCUUUUUAUUUGUUACUUUUUUUGCUUGUUAUGUGUUGAUGAAAAGCCAAGAAAAAAACCCACCGUCGUGAAACCACAUGAAUGUGCCUUCAUUUUCUUUUUUUCUGUAUCGUUGUGGAGAUAAAAAAUGGUUUCUGUUUUAAAAGUGGUAUUAUUUUCUAAAGCAAGAACGGCAGGCGGGGGGAACCAGUUUGCUCUGUACACUGUAUACUGUGUAUAUUUUGAGAAGUGAAACGUCCUUUCCCCACUAAGAUCAUAUUUACACAAACUGUAUUUGUAUCAGAUCCUAUGCGUGUGUGCUAUCGCUUGCUGCAUACUAAUCUAUAGAAUGUAUUCUCGAAGCUGACAAGCCGUUGUUAUGUCCUCCGAGAGAGUGUGUAAAACAGAGUAUAUAAAUAUAAAUAUAUAUAUAUAUAUAUAUAUUUGUGUAAAGUUUAUAUUUUUGAAGGUAUAUUCCCAGAGCCAACUUAUAAAAAUAUUCUCUCUAAGCAUACUGUGAAUUUUGUGCGCUUGCUCUGAUUUCUUUUUUGUCUGUUUUAUCUGUUUGUCUAAAGGGAGUUGACUGAAACCCCUGGAAGUGUGUUUUUGGUGUUUCCAGGCAGAUGCAUCUCUGAGAGACUACCUGGGUUAGAUACAUUUUUAAUUGAACUGAAUUGAAAAAAGGAGGAAAAAAGGAAAAUAAAAUAUAGUGCAUUGCCAUACUAUUAUUCCGAUUGCUGCCAUCUUGUAAGAAGAAAGUCCGUACAAGUCGAUUACUAAACUCUCCUCCUUUUGCGUCCAUUGACAGUAGUUUGCGCGGCAUUCAGUAAUAAACUUGUGCGGACUUCUCAUAGCAGGAUGGCAGCAACGAAGAAUUUAGGUAAUGCACUGACUGCACAAACAGUCCUUUUUAUACCCUUCCUGUACACUUUAAACCAGUUAAACAAGUUAAACAUGACUCUGUGUUGUCUGUAGGGCUUAUCAGUGGCUUAAAGUAAAGAUUAACUUUGAUGUAUAGCGAGCUUGUACCCAAAGCUAUUGCUAUUUUAUUUCAUUGUUAAUGCAAAUUCCGGUCUUACUACUGCGAUUUACAUAGUAUUGGUGCCCAACGAAAGUUCACACUUCAUUAUUAUCCAAAAAUAGAGGUUAUUCUUAGACCGGAGUUGUCCUUUAAGCUUAGCCAGCCCAUAUUUUCAUACUAUAAAUUUACAGCCUGUCAGCAAACAUUUUCAGUUUGUGCAUUAUGCAAUGAAGUAGGUCUUUUUUAUACCACGAUUCCAAUUAUAGUUGUAUGUGCUUAUAUGUCCAUUUAGACUUUUGUAAUGUGUGCAAUGCUAAAUUUGUGACGUUGACUAUAACAUUGAAAAGUCUCAGUAUUUGAAAAACAGUAACUCUCAGCUUAGAUAGCCGUUAACUCUGAAACAGAUCUGAGCACCUCAGGGCCAGAUCCAUGUGAGAGUUAUAUGGUACCAAUGGUUUCAGUCAGCUUUCUCCAAUCCUCCCUUUCUGUUUGUGUCUUUGUUGGUCAUGAAUAUGCCUUCUGGAGGCUUUCAAUGCUGUCAUUAUGAAAAUGUGUGUGUGUGUGUGUGUGUGUGUGUGUGUGUGUGUGUGUGGUGUGUGUGUGUGCACGUUUUUACUUUUUUGUUAAAUGUUAAUGUAAUCACACCUAAGCUGUUAAAUGCCUGAAACCUGAGUAGAGGUCAGUGGUGUUGUAUAUAUGCUAAGGGGCUAAAAUGCUGGAAUGAGUCUGUCUGUAAGAUAUACGGUUGGCAAUGACCAUACCCCUGAACCAUUCCCACAUCUGUGUCCCCACUCCCUUGCUUACCCUCAACCAGUUUGUAAGUAACCCACCCAAAAACUAGAGCAAGUUCACUGUGUUAAAUGUACUCCCCCAUCUCCAUGAAUUAGAGGAGAACACGUCUCCCUUUGUGUGCUCCACUUAGUGCCCUGACCCAUCCCUGUGCUGAUGACCAGCUAAUCAACACAGUCAACAUGUGGGUUAGGGCAUGUAGAACUUCCAAAUCAAACUCAGAACCUUUUCAUUAGAGGGCAUUAGAUUUGAAAUACUACGCCAGUGUCUGUGGUUCUCCUGUCUGAGGUUACCCCGUUGGAGUCUCCCCUUAGCCCUGGUAUUAGUUUGCAGAUGUUCUGUGCUGAGCUGACUGGAGGGGGAUUGGAGAUAGAAGGAGAACGGGCGGGGGGGGUGGGAGGGGGUGGCUGGUGGUUUCUGCUUCAUGUUCCGUACCCCUGGUUUUGUGGGGAUGGGGGGCCCUGAGCCUGGCAGGCAGCCUACACUAGGAGGGCUGGAUGUGUGUGCCCAGCAAAGCAAAGCCCCUCUCAAAUGCUGAUUGUACUUUCUAAUGGUGUUUGCGUUUGAAUGUUUUUGUGUUUCAUCUACCUCAGUAUUGUUGCCGUUGUAUGUCUGUGUGAGUGUGUGCAGAUGUCUGUGUGUUGGGUGCUAGAAGUACCCGUGUGUGUAUGUGUGUGUGUGGGUGUGUGUGUGUGUGUGUGUGUGUGUGUGUGUGUGUGUGUGUGUGUGUGUGUGUGUGUGUGUGUGUAAGUGCGUGCGUGCAUGUGUGUGUGUUUGUAAAACAGUUCAGUUUGUGGUUUUGGGGGAGCGAUGUAAAGCUUGGGCCAUUGAAUCACAUAUGAGCAUGGUGUUCAUAUUUUUUUCCCCUUUCUCUCUUUCUGUUUGCGUGUUUGUUCAUGGUUCAGUCUUUUCAUAUAUCCAAUGUUGUUUUCAUCUUCCAAACCAAGAGCUUGGAUCAUUUUAUGAGAUAAUCCAAUGAAAGCAGUAAAGACCCACUAUUUUACAACAGGCCGCCAGCUUUUGUGUGAAAUGUGAAAUAAAAAGGCUAGCAACCCAAGCAGGCUUUCUAUCCCAUGCCAGUCCCAGUUUCCCCUGGGCUCAAAGUUAUUUUGUUGAUGAGGGCUUGUUUAUUUUUAUUUUUUUCAGUCUACUAAAAGCAUUUUUUCUUUCUUUGUAAAUAAUUUACGCUGUAAAUAUGCAUGCUGUUUGUAUGUUCUGUAUAUACCUAAUAAUAAAUAUGUAUAAUCUC